CUUGGCUUGGUCACACAGGCACUUGUGUCUCCAGAAAGGCUUCUGGAAUCCAAAGCACCAGAUUUUGGGUUGAAAUAAAUUAGGAAAAUGGGGCUUGGCACGGGGAACGAUGACUACAAAUUGACAGCAACUUCUGAGGAUGACAUCAAAAAGGCCAAAAAGGUCAAAAGAAAGAAGAGGGAUGUGAACGAACUGAAGAAAGAAGUGGAACUGGAUGACCACAAGCUGACAUUGGAUGAACUUUCACGCAAAUAUGGCACUGACUUGAACAAGGGAUUGUCGUCUUCACGUGCAAGGGAGAUCUUAGAGCGUGAUGGACCGAAUGCAUUGACCCCACCUCCUACGACUCCAGAAUGGGUCAAGUUCUGCACACAGCUCUUUGGUGGCUUCCAAACACUGCUGUGGUUUGGUGCAUUUCUUUGUUUCACGGCAUAUGGAAUCCAGGCUGCAUCUUCUGAAGAACCGGCAAAUGACAAUCUGUACCUGGGACUUGUGCUUGCCUUUGUUGUUAUAGUCAAUGGAUGGUUCUCAUACUAUCAAGAAUCCAAGAGCUCCAAGAUCAUGGAAUCUUUUAGGAACCUUGUUCCUCAGCAAGCCCUGGUUGUGCGUGAUGGAGAGAAAAAGAUCAUCAGUGCCGACGAGGUCGUUGUAGGUGAUCUUGUGGAGGUCAAAGGUGGAGACCGAAUCCCAGCUGAUCUACGCAUCAUCUCUUCACAAGGAUGCAAGGUGGACAACUCUUCCCUCACUGGAGAGUCUGAACCCCAGAGUCGCACUCCUGACUUCUCCCAUGAAAACCCUCUGGAGACCAGAAACAUUGCGUUUUUCUCUACUAACUGUGUUGAAGGUACUGCCAAAGGGAUUGUCAUCAGCACCGGUGACCAUACCGUCAUGGGUCGUAUAGCAUCACUUGCCUCCAGCCUGGACGGUGGAAAAACACCAAUUGCUAGAGAGAUUGAGCACUUCAUCCACAUCAUCUCUGGUGUAGCUGUCUUCCUGGGCGUGUCCUUCCUAAUCCUCUCCCUGAUGCUUGGAUAUGGGUGGUUGGAAGCAGUUGUUUUCCUGAUUGGAAUCAUUGUUGCUAAUGUACCUGAAGGUCUUCCUGCCACUGUAACUGUGUGUCUAACUCUGACUGCCAAACGUAUGGCAAAGAAGAACUGCCUGGUGAAGAAUCUGGAAGCCGUGGAGACUCUUGGCUCGACCACCACCAUCUGCUCUGACAAGACUGGAACUUUGACCCAGAACCGAAUGACCGUCGCUCACAUGUGGUUUGACAACCAGAUUCAUGAAGCAGACACCACAGAGAACCAGAGUGGAACCGCAUUUGACAAGAGCUCUGCUACUUGGGCUGCCCUCGCACGUGUCGCUGGUUUGUGCAACCGUGCUGUUUUCCGUGCUGAACAGAGCCAUCUCCCAAUCCUUAACCGAGAAACAGCUGGUGAUGCCUCAGAGUCUGCCCUGCUGAAGUGUAUUGAGCUGUGCUGUGGCUCAGUCACUGAAAUGAGAGAGAAGUACACAAAGAUUGCUGAAAUCCCUUUCAACUCCACCAACAAAUAUCAGCUCUCAAUCCACAAGAAUCCCAAUCCCUCAGAGUCUAAGCACCUGAUGGUGAUGAAGGGAGCGCCUGAGAGGAUCUUGGAUCGAUGCUCCACCAUUUUGAUUCAAGGAAAAGAGCAGCCUUUGGAUGAUGAAAUGAAAGAUUCGUUCCAAAAUGCUUAUGUAGAACUUGGAGGUCUUGGAGAAAGAGUUCUGGGCUUCUGCCACUUUUCCCUCCCUGAUGACCAGUUUCCUGAAGGUUUUGCAUUUGAUUCUGAAGAUGUGAACUUCCCCACUGAGAACCUGUGUUUUGUUGGCCUAAUGUCCAUGAUUGAUCCUCCUCGUGCUGCUGUACCAGAUGCAGUGGCCAAAUGCCGGAGUGCUGGAAUCAAGGUUAUCAUGGUUACUGGUGACCAUCCAAUUACAGCUAAAGCUAUUGCAAAGGGUGUUGGUAUCAUCUCUGAAGGCAACGAGACUGUGGAAGACAUUGCAGCUCGUUUGAAUAUCCCCGUUGGAGAAGUUAAUCCAAGAGAUGCUAAGGCCUGUGUGGUCCAUGGAGGAGAACUGAAGAAUAUGAGUGAGAGUGACCUGGAUGACAUCCUGAAACAUCAUACAGAAAUUGUGUUUGCCAGAACUUCUCCACAACAAAAGCUGAUCAUUGUGGAAGGUUGUCAGCGACAGGGUGCCAUUGUAGCCGUAACCGGUGAUGGUGUCAAUGAUUCUCCUGCUCUGAAGAAGGCUGACAUUGGUGUGGCUAUGGGUAUUGCUGGAUCUGACGUAUCCAAACAGGCUGCUGACAUGAUUCUUCUGGACGACAACUUUGCCUCAAUUGUUACUGGAGUAGAAGAAGGACGUCUGAUCUUUGACAACUUGAAGAAGUCCAUUGCCUACACGUUGACUAGUAAGAUCCCUGAGAUGUCACCCUUCCUCUUGUUUGUCCUUGUCGGUAUUCCUCUACCUUUGGGCACCGUCACCAUUCUCUGCAUUGACCUGGGCACUGACCUGAUUCCAGCAAUCUCAUUGGCAUAUGAAAAUGCAGAAAACGACAUCAUGAAGAGACAACCCAGAAAUGCUCAAACAGAUAGGCUGGUGAACGUGAGGCUAAUCAGUAUGGCAUAUGGUCAAAUCGGUAUGAUCCAAGCAGCUGCAGGGUUUUUUACCUACAUUGUGGUUAUGGGUGAGAAUGGAUUCUGGCCCAGUUAUCUGCCAGGACUUCGAGUUGGCUGGGAAGACAGAUCUAUCACUGACCUGGAAGAUAGCUAUGGACAACAAUGGACCUACGAGGCCAGAAAGAUUAUAGAGUCCACAUGCCACACAGCAUUCUUCAUUAGUAUUGUGGUUGUGCAGUGGGGUGACUUGAUCAUUGUAAAGACCAGAAGAAAUUCCAUUGUACAGCAAGGAAUGAAAAACAAAGUCCUCAUCUUUGCUUUUUUUGAGGAAGGUGCCAUGGCAGCUUUCUUGUCCUACUGCCCAGGCAUGGACGUUGCUGUCAGAAUGUAUCCUUUAAGACCAUUGUGGUGGUUCACUGCCUUCCCAUAUUCACUACUCAUCUUCAUCUAUGAUGAAAUUAGAAAAUACAUCCUACGGCAGAAUCCAGGAGGCUGGGUGGAACAAGAAACAUACUACUGAAACAAGACGACGUUCUAUUGCAAACUCAUGUUAGGAGACAUUUUUGGAUAUGCUCAAAAUGAUACAGAAUCUGGUCGAUUUCAGCAAAUAAAAGUCAAAUAAUAUGGA